AGGCGCGCCAAAACAAAAUAGAGGCUCUGUUUGUAAACAAAUGUGGUGCUGCGUGUGCCGUUUUUCUUCCGCCGAGAGACACACACAAGAUUAACUCACAUUAAGAAUGGAUCCAGGAAUAAUUCGCAAACUGGACGAGGUGGUCGUGAAUCGCAUUGCUGCGGGUGAAAUUAUUCAACGGCCAGCAAACGCCCUGAAGGAAAUGAUUGAAAACAGUCUCGACGCCAAAGCGACGAGCAUCCAAGUUACGGUCAAAGCUGGCGGGCUACGGUCGCUCCAGAUACAGGACAACGGGACCGGCAUACGGCGUGAAGAUUUGGCGAUCGUGUGCGAACGAUUUACCACCUCCAAGCUACGCUCCUUCGACGAUCUUUCCUCCAUCAGUACGUACGGAUUUCGGGGCGAAGCGCUGGCCAGCAUCAGUCACGUGGCGCACCUAACGAUCGUAACGAAGACGAAGGCGGAAAAGUGUGGCUUCAAGGCGUGCUACGAGGACGGUAAGCUGAAGGGUGACAUUAAACCGAUCGCCGGCAAUCAGGGCACACAGAUUACGGUGGACGAUCUGUUCUACAAUGUGCCGAUGCGGAAGCAAGCGCUGAAAACACCGAACGAAGAGUUUCAGCGCAUCUCGGACGUGGUCAGCAAGUACGCGGUGCACAAUCCGCAGGCAUGUUUUGUACUGAAAAAGUUCGGUGAGCCCGCUUCCAUUCGAACGCAACCGAAGGCGACGGUUGCGCAGAACAUUGGGACGAUCUAUGGGGCUGCCAUCGGGAAGGCGCUGAUCGCGAUCGAAACGAGCGAUGAUAUACUGCAGCUUACGGUGAAUGGAUACGUGACGAAUGUAAACUUUUCGCUCAAGAAAGGUAUCUCGCUGCUGUUCAUCAACCAUCGGGCGGUGGAGUGUAGCGCACUGAAGAAAGCAAUCGAUGCGAUUUACUCGCUGUACCUACCGAAGGGCAGUGCGCCGUUCGUGUACCUUUCGCUGGAACUAAACCCCCAGAAUGUGGACGUUAAUGUGCAUCCGACCAAGCACGAGGUUCACUUUCUGCACGAGGAGGAAAUCGUCGAGAAGGUGAAAUUGCUCGUCGAAAAGGCACUGCUCGGCGGUAAUGCGGCACGUUCGUACACGCAGGCACUGUUGCCCGGUGCAAAUCAACCGCUGGACACACCGAAAGCGAACGAAUCGAUGGUAGGUGGGGACGAUAAGCCGAGGUUGGACUACAAGCUUGUGCGCACCAGCCACAGCGAGCAGAAGUUGGAUAAAUUCUUCAACAUCAGUGGCAGCAGUAGUGGGCUUCAGGCGAAGGAGGAUGAACCACAGGAUGAGAAACCAUUGGAACCGAAACUCACACAGCCUUCCCCGUCCAGGAAGAAAAAGGCCAUUAAAAAGGAAACGAGGCUCUACAGCAUCCACACGCUACGGCAACAGAUCGAAGCGGAGGGGGAUGAAAAUUUGCGCAAAAUAUUCCGCGAGCUCACGUACGUCGGUACGAUCGAUCGCGAUCAGGUGCUGAUCCAGUACGACACAAAGCUGUACCUUGCCAAGACGCAACCACUGGCGGCGGAACUGUUCUACCAGCUGCUGCUCUUCAAUUUCGGCAACUUUGAGCGACUAUCGUUCUCCGAACCACUAGAAAUCAAUCGUUUGGUACAUCUGGCACUGGCCGAUCCAAGCAGCGGAUACACCGAGGAGGACGGACCGGUCGACGAGCUAGCAUCGGUUAUCGUGGACAAGCUGGUUAGCAAAGCACCCAUCCUUCGAGAAUAUUACAACCUUAACAUCCGUGAGGAUGGUUACCUGGAAUCGUUACCGAAGCUGCUGGAAAACUACAUCCCAUCGGUGGUGUUUCUGCCCAUGUACAUCGUACGCUUGGCGGCCGAAGUCGAGUGGGACGAUGAGAUGGAAUUUUUCCGCACGUUUAGCCGUGAAACGGCACACUUUUUCUCGCGCCUUGCCCUCACCAAACCGGACGCGGAGUACCGCUGGGAGCUGGAGCAUGUGAUUUAUCCUGCCGUGCGGAACCAGCUUAUACCGCCGAAAGAAUUCUCCAAAAACGGUUGCCUACUGCAGCUUGCCAGUCUUCCCGAGCUGUACCGCGUAUUUGAACGAUGCUAAUAACACACACAUACGCGCGGGUUGAGUUUAAGCGUUCAAAUAAAUACUCUUAUUGUUUUAAUGCCAGAA